GUGAUGACAAAAGGAGGGUGAUACCUUCCCUGGUCUGAGGGGAUUUGGGGUGAGUUUUGGCACUGCCUGCAAGGGAGCUGGGAUUUCACAGCCCCAGAGUUCUCUUGUUGGUGUCUUUGCCCAGGUGUCCUGGGAAAACUUAACAUCAGUCUGUCAGUCAGAGAUUCCAGGACCUUGGAAUGUAAACAUUCCUCCUGUAUUAGCCCUUUGAGGAACACUGCAGGGUGGUAUUAACGUUGAUGGGGAAUGCUGACCAAGAGAAAGAGGAUGGUGGUUGUAUAAAUUAAAGUUGAACAACACAAGUGGAAAGAAUCGCUGGCGUAGUGUGGAUCGUACAACUGGUGUCCCAGCAGCUCAUCAGCCUUCGUGCCGCUGCUGCAGGAGCGGGAAGGUGCCUCGGGAGGAGUCUACAUUGUCUAGCAUUGGGUGCUGAGGAACUUUAGUACCAUUCAAACUCAAUUUCUGUCGUAACAUGGACGUGGUUCAAUCGACCUCCACAGAAAGCAUAAUUGCUAAGAAAUCCUUCAAGAAAAUUCCCAGUGUCCUUCUUGACAGCCUAGUGGAGGAACCUGAAAAAAGACAUGCAGUUCCCAAUCACCUGCUGGAAUCAAAGAUUUAUUCAGAGCUUCAGAGGAACAAGGUUGUACAGGCUGAGCCUGCUGUGUUACACUAUGGAGGGUAUGAAGUUGGAAAACAUCACCAACAGACACUGAAGCUGACAAAUAUUUCUGGUGAUGUAAUAAACCUUCACAUAAUACCUCCCCAGACAAAGUAUUUUCAGAUCAAAUACAACAAAACACACCGGCUUGUCCCUGGCUUGUCAUAUGUGGUUACUGUUGAUUUUUGUCCUGAUGAGUGGCGAUAUUACUAUGACUGCAUCCGAAUUCACUGUCAGGGAGAAGAUACAUUAGUCGUUCCUGUACAUGCUUACCCUGCUGUGAAUGUUGUAGAAUUUCCAUCAUUUAUAAAUCUGUCUGAUGUAUCAGUUGGUAAGAGCAAGGAGUAUGUUAUCCCGUUGCAGUGCAGCUGUCCAAUAGAUUUUGAAUUCCACAUUGAUUUUAUUCAGCCUCACAGAGCCUUCACCGUCCAGCCAACAUUUGGAAUCAUUCCAGGCAAUGGAAAAGUGGAAGUAACUGUGAAAUAUUCCCCACUUGAGUAUGGAACAGCACAAAUGACAAUGCAGUUACUGAUUUCACAGUUUCACUCAAAGCCUUAUGUGUGUGUAUUCACAGGAACAUCAACACCACAUCUGGGUCUAAUAAAAGAACGUUUUGACAAACAACAAACUGCUCCAGAGAAAAAAGCUGUGUCUGCAGGAAAAUCCAUGGUGUGGAGAAGAGGCCAAUUCAGCCGACCACGAUCGAGGCCUCUUCAAAAAGUAAAGGAAAUUGAAUACCAGAACCUCAGAUUCCCCACAGACUUGUCAAACCCAUAUGCUGUAGCUACUGUUUUGAAUCAGGAACCAGGCAAAUUGAAGAUUAAGGACUUGAAAGAAGUGCUUUGCCAAGGCAGUGAAGGGAUAAAAACAAGAGAGAUGAAGGAAGCCAUAUUUCAAUUAAAAGUCAAACAAAAUAUUCAGGAAGAGCAAGCAAAUCAUCUGAAGUGGCAGGUUCAUAAAGGCAAAGAUCCGAUGUCUGUGGAAUUUAAAAAAGAGAUUAUUGAAAACCGACAGAGGGAAGAAGAGCAAUACAAGAUCCAAAGAGGGGAUCCUAUCCUGGAACAGGAGUUUCAAAGGAACGAAGUAGAAGUUUCUUUCAGACGUGUUGUCCGGCCUGUUGACCAGCGUCCAAGCGUCCAUCCCACAUUCAACUUGCUCCGUAAUGACCCCUGGGACAACAGAAACAGGAUGUUGAGGAAAUUCCAACAAGCAGCAUACAAGAUUGUGACUCAGAUUCGGCUAAAUCGUUUACUGCUUCUGUUCCGCGGGCUAUCCGGAGAAGCCAGAGAUUUGAAGGAAGACUCUGUGUCUGACAGCAGGAGUUUCAGCAAACCAGAGAAAAGUGGAGAACGGAAGGACUUUUCUUCCAGCAGAUCUGAAGAUCGUAUAGUCCCCUUUCACAGUUCCCGUGACUUUUACCGUGAUUUGGUUCCUCAGCAUUUCAGCAUUAGGAAGUAUCAGCCAUUUUGUACACACUAUGCAGCCACAAGUUACAAACCUCGAAAACUUUCCCGACCACUGAGGCAGAGAGCCCAGGAUGAGUUGAUUGAAGUAGUUGCUUCUCCUGAGGAGCAGCUGGAGAGGACGGAUGUUCACAAGCCAUCCCCAGAAGAAGGAGCAGAAAGCCUCUUAAAACUGGCUCCUCCCCAGGCUUUAGUCUGUCCUACAGAGAGCGACCCACUUCGCAUUUUUAACCCCACUCCAGGAUUAGUUCCAGUUUUACCUCCUUUGGCCUAUUCUGAAACAAAUAUUGAAUAUCAUCUCUGUCCUCAUCCAAAAUAUGUCUUUACCAAGGAAUGCCCCAAAGAAUCCAGUAUUCCAGUCACACAAAAGAAAUUUCUGCAUCAUGAGGAAGUGAUUUCUGGAGUAAUGGAAUGGAGAAAAUUCUUACCCGUGGUGUAUUCCACUUUCUCUAACGUUCCCACAUUGACAAGUACAAUACCUAGGGAUCCUUACAGUUUGGAUAUGCUUCCAAGGGAUGUACCACCAAUGCUGUGUGACUUACCUGAGAGAGACAGGGAGAACAUAAUUGACUAUGAGACAGAUGAAACUGAGUACAAAAUGAUUCUUACUCCAGAGAUGGUGAGAGCUGAAUUUCUGCAAAUAGGGCAGGCCCUCUCAGAAGAAGACAAAGAGAAACCAGCAAAAGAAAAAAGUGGUACAACAUUGGACAGUGCUUUUACUGGAGACCUGCACAACCAACCAGAUGGACAUUUUCAACCCCAAAACAACAAGCUCAGAGAGAAGGUUCAAAAGCAUGUGGAGACGAUGAAGCUGAAAGCACUUAAUAAAACCCUUAUUCUGGGAUAAGAGUAAUUUCACAAAGUCCAUGGUUUGGCACCGCUUAUCCUGUUAGUGCAUGAAGCUCUCUGUGUCCCAGCUACAUGUACUUAUGUUCAGCGAGGUCAGCAACAUCUUAUGCAAAGAGAACCACCAGUUAUGGCAUCUCUGUCAAGGACUCUCACUGUGACCAUUACCCCAAUCACAGUAAUAGCUCCAGUAAGAGUCCUCAACCAUGUACCUGCUCCUUUAGUCCUGGUGUGAAGGACCAGCAAGUGACAGUACUACCAUGUAAAUAAUUAAUUAAUUUACAGCCCACUGCUUUCAAAUAAAAUUUCAAUAGUCCUCAUGACCAAAUUCUUCUGAUUUUGUUUUUCUAGUUAUAAGCUGUACUUGAAUUUUUGCAGGUAAGUCACUAAAUCUCAGACUUGACUGUAAAUCAUGCACUUGAUAUUUUUAAUGAAAGGGAACCAUAGAAUAGUUUGGGUUGGAAGGGACCUUUAAAGGUCAUCUAGUUCAAUGCCCCUGCAAUGAGCCAGGACAUCUUCAACUAGAUCAGGUUGCUCAGAACCCUGUCCAACCUGACCUUGGAUGUUUCCAGGGAUGCGGCAUCUGCCACCUCUCUGAGAAACCU